AUGAACCCUUGUCCUCAAGAUAGCCCCCGUACUGCUGAUCUAGCCGGUGAUUCGCCACAUAUGCCGAACAGCGGCCAAUCUGAGACUGUUGCUGAGACAGGAGAUGGUACUGUUGAGAAUCCGAUCACGUUUGAUGACCCGUCAUCAAUUUUGACACCAGCUGCGUUGUCCAUGCAUGAAGAGAUGUUACGCGCUCAGCAAAAGAAGAUUGAAGUGUUGCUGAAGGAGCUGGCGAAAAGUCAGACACAUUUAAAGCAAGAACAACAACUCAUACUCACUGCUAAGAAAGCACAACUGAUGUGGACCUAA